UGAAGCAGAAGAAGCUCACAAGGCGGAUACCUGUGUCGGUAGUUUCCCCAAACACUGCCAGUCAUGGCUGCUUCCAUUCAGAGUUUACUGGAGGAAAUCUCCGCUGUUGAAGACCCAGUGGAAGAGUUACAGAGUUUAAAAACAGCUUUAUUAUCCAUACCCGUCAGCGCUUUGAGAGACACAGUGAGCGGACAGCGAUUCGAUGUGAUAUUCUCUCUGUUAAACUCAAAUCAGAGGGAGCAGGUUGAGCUAUGUGUGGACAUCCUUGAACACAUCUUAAUGGCUCUCAGCCCUGAGCACCUGGCCCAGAACUACAGAGCAGAGCUGCAGGCAGGUCUGAACCAUCCUAAUGAAACUGUUAAGAUACUGGCCUUGACACAGAUUGGCAGAAUGGUGGAGCACCCCGAUGCUGUCACCGAAAUCCUCAACAACCACGACAUUCUUCGAGGAGUGAUCCACUGCAUCGGAGAAGAGAAAAUGGCUGUCGCAAAACAGGCCAUUCAGUCCCUGUCUAAACUGAGUCACUCGAAGCCUGGAUUAGACAAACUGUUCCAGAGUGACUUGCUGAAAGUCAUGAAGGAUGUGAUGGCCACAAGUGACAUUAUCAGAUACAGAUUCUAUGAGCUGGUGGUGGAAAUAUCAUCUGUUUCUCCCAUUUCCCUCGGUUACUGCGCCAACAGUGGCCUCAUUUCUCAGCUCCUCAGUGAACUGACAGGAGACGAUGUUUUGAUCAGGGCCACAGCUAUAGAGAUGGUGACCACUCUAGCCCACAGUCAGCAUGGGCGGCAAUACUUGGCCCAGCAGGGUAUCAUGGACAAGAUCUCCAACAUGAUCAGAGGAGCAGAGACAGAUCCCUUCUCCUCCCUCUACCUGCCUGGUUUGGUUAAGUUCUUUGGGAACCUGGCCAUUAUGGACAGCCCACAGCAGGUUUGCGAAACCUACCCGGCCUUCCAGAACAAGGUGUUUGAGAUGGCUCUGGACCCGGACCCGGUGAUGAUCGGGGUGGCACUGGACACUUUGGGCUUACUUGGAUCUACUGUGGAGGGAAAACAGGUCCUGCAGAAAACAGGAGAAAAAUUCAAGGCUGUGUUGUUACGAAUGAGUCAGCUCGCCAGCUCUGGAGCUACAGAGCUCAGAGUGCGCAGCUUGGAUGCCAUAUCACAACUUCUCACUCUAGAGCCAGAGCAGCAGACAGAAGAUCUUUUGGCUCUGACAGAGUCCUGGUUCCUCCUUUUGUCUAAGCAGCCUAUGGACAUGAUUCGCAACAUCAGCACUCAGCCGUUCCCAGAGCUGCACUGUGGGGCUCUGCAUAUAUUCACUGCUGUUGCCACGCAGCCAUGGGGUCAGAAGUUAAUGAUCAGCACUCCCGGUUUCAUGGAGUUCAUUUUGGAUCGUUCAACGGGUCAGACUAAGGAUGCCAAAGAUGCUAAGUUUGAACUUGUGGGGGCACUUGUGAGUUCAUCAACAGCAGCAGAGAUUCUGGGCAGCCAGAAUUACAUCCAUCUGAAAACUUAUCUCAGAGAAGGACCUUACUAUGUUUCAGCUGUGGCCUCAGUCAGCACAGAAGGAGCAGACUGAAUCAAACAAACUCAGACACACUUCAUGUGUUUCUACUUACUGCUUAAGUAAUGGGUAAGUGCCUCAAUAUUCUAACCAUGGGUUAACAUAUUAAACUCUGCUAUAAUAAACUAAUUCUUUGAUAAAUAGUUUUAACAAAUCAGGACAUGGUGUUAACUUGCUCAGUUGAUUAAACCUUUCUCACUUCUACAGCAUAAAUUGACAAAUAUUAUCCUAUUAAUGUUCAACAGUAAACAACUCAACUGCAUCUAGAAACAUUUAUUCAUUAAGGAUGGUUGAAGUACUUUGUAAGUAUUUAGAGACAAAUGAAAAAUUCAUAUUCCAUGCCUGAGUCUUCACUGCUCUUCUGUUAGGUUGUCUUACACACAUUAACAUAUUUUUCAGACUUUUCUGACAGGACAUUAACAUUAAACAUCUAAUCAUCAUCUUAAGUUGUUUUCCUGUAUUUUACUUGAUGAGGAAAUCUAGUAUUGUUUGUGAAACAAAUACAUCUACUCUCAAAUAAAGGCAAGACAUGAAAACAAGGAAUAGGUGAAGUUUUCAUACACAAUCAUUCAGUGCUCAGUGUUCAGUCUGUGAACACAACAUUUAAGUCAUAUUUAGUCAUUACAAAUAUGGAAUAAUAUUACUGGUUUGACAAGUCAAAUAUUGAAAUAUAUGGAAAAAUAGUUAUUAUUAAGUAGUUAAAUUAAAAGGUGCACUCCACCAUUUUAUACUUCAUGUUCAGUUUCAUCACAAAGAGUACUACACAGCUUGUUGUUUAACACCAUCCAAGUUGUCUGAGUUUGGGCUUAAAGACAACAAAGCCUGCGUUACAAACUUGGGCCAUUAAGUUUGGAGGACUUGGGCAAUUCAACAAAAAGAAGGUUCUAAUAAAAGAUGUUACUGAGUUGCAUUUUGGGAAAUGUAGGAUUUUGUUGUUUUGGGAUUUUUAGCCAUAUUAGAGACUAAAAGUAAAGAUAAUCUUGACUUGAAAUCUGUCUUUUGUGAGUCCCUCACCUUUAUGUAAAUUCAACACAAGAUCGCCCUUGACCAGGGCUGAAUAUCCACGUGCAAUUGCAUAAAAUUCUGUAUCAUAACAGUGGCAGCAGAAAAAUGGUAUGUUAACAUGUUUAGUUUGUGUCUUUACUAACUACUUGAGCAGUAAUUAAAGAACUUCACAUGAUAUAAAAUGUUUACCAUCUUAAAUGUUCACCAUCCAGGCACUAAUACCACAACAUCGUACACAGUAUCUCUCCAAUGAAACUGGACUUGACCAAAGACAUUGUUAAUCACACCCCUGCUUUCCAGAUUCUUCAGACAUUGAUUUAAUUUUUUUGUGGCAAAAAUAUGCUUGUUUACUAAAAAGAAUGAGGUUUUUAUUAAAAAGGGUUCAGUCUGACAAAGGA